AAGAAAGCUUCUCUUGGCAGUCUCAGUCCUGGGUCUUCCAGCUCUUCAUGAUGCUCUGGGCGAUACUACUGGUGCUGGCUCCCAUUGGUGGACACUGUGAAACUAUACCCCAGUCUUUUAUUUCCCUCGAUCCUAAAUGGACCGUCAACUUUGAAGGAGAGACCGUGAGACUGACUUGCAAUGUAGUUCAUCGCUAUUUAUCCUGGAAAACAACAUGGUAUCAUAAGCAAAUUACCAAGACAGUAACGAUGACCUCUGGAAGAAUCUUCCAGGCCCGUGAGUCUGGAGACUACAGAUGCCAAGUUACUGACUCAGCUCUGAGUAGCUCUGUGCACUUGGUCUUUUCUAAAGCUUCGCUGAUUCUGCAGGCUCCACCUGCUGUUUUUGAAGGGGACCUUGUGAUUCUGAGGUGCAAAUCAAGAGUAGAAGCAGCAGCGUCUACAAAGGCAAUUAACAAGAAUCGUAAACAUCUGGAAUUUCUUGGUGAAAGUUCUGAGUUCCACAUUCAUAAUGCAAGUCUGAAAGACAAUGGUGACUACCAUUGCACUGAACUUAGGAAAGAGUGUUGUAAUGCUUCCUCCAACACAGUCAAAAUCCAAGUCCAAGAGCUGUUUCCAAGACCUGUGCUGACAGCCAGUUCCAGCAGGCCUGUAGAAGGGAACCCAUUGACCCUGACCUGUGAGACCCAGCUCCCUCCCCAGAAGUCACAUGUUCAGCUCCAGUUCCGUUUCUUCAGAGAGAAACAGACCCUGGGAUCAGGCUGGCAGAGAUCCACAGAGCUCCAAAUACCUGCUGUUUGGAAAGAAGACUCAGGAAGCUACUCAUGUGAAGCAAUGGGUUCCUCCAUUGAGAAAAGCAGUCCAACAUUAUCAGUUCAAGUACAGAUGCCUGUCUCUCAGCCUGUCCUCACCAUCAGCACAGCCCGGGCCCAGGUAGUCGAGGGAGACUCUGUGACACUUCACUGUGCAACCAGGAGAGGCUCUCCCCCUGUUCUGUACCGGUUUUAUCAUAAGGAUGUCCCCUUGUGGAUGAAGUCAAUCACCUCUGAAGAACGAGCAUCUUUCAACUUCUCUGCAACAGCAAAUCAUUCUGGAAACUACCACUGCACUGCUUCCAACAGCCUUGGUACCCAGCACAGUGAACCAGUGAGUCUCUCCAUCACCGUGCCAGUGUCUCAGCCUGAGCUGACUCUCAGAACUCGAAGGGACUUGGUUCUUGAGGGAGACACAGUGACACUUUACUGCAAAAGUUUGAAAGGUUCCUCCCCAAUUGUGUACCAGUUUUAUUGGGAAGAUGUUUUUCUGAAGAAGAUAAAGGCUUUCUGGAAAGAAAGUUCUGCCAGCAUCUCUUUGACUGCAGAGCAUUCUGGAAACUACUACUGCACAGCUGACAAUGGCCUGGGGCCCCAGAGGAGUAAUGCAGUGAGCCUCACUGUCACAGUGCCUGUCUCUCAGCCUGUCCUCACCAUCAGCACAGCCCGGGCCCAGGUAGUCGAGGGAGACUCUGUGACACUUCACUGUGCAACCAGGAGAGGCUCUCCCCCUGUUCUGUACCGGUUUUAUCAUAAGGAUGUCCCCUUGUGGAUGAAGUCAAUCACCUCUGAAGAACGAGCAUCUUUCAACUUCUCUGCAACAGCAAAUCAUUCUGGAAACUACCACUGCACUGCUUCCAACAGCCUUGGUACCCAGCACAGUGAACCAGUGAGUCUCUCCAUCACCGUUCCAGUGUCUCGCCCAGUCCUCACUCUCAGGGCUCCCAGAAUGCCGGCUGUAGUGGGGGACGUGCUGGAGCUGCACUGUAAUGCCUCUGGAGGGUCUCCCCCAAUCCUGUAUGAAUUUUAUCAUGAAGAUGUUUUACUGGGGAACCACUCAGCUCCCACGGGAGGAGGAGCAUCCUUCAACCUCUCCCUGUCUGCAGAACAUUCUGGAAACUACUCCUGCAAGGCUAACAAUUAUAUAGCAACCGAGCACAGUGACACCAUGUCAUUCACUGUUACAGUUCCAGUGUCUCGCCCUGUCCUCACCUUGAGAAUCCUUGGGGCCCAGGCUGUGGUGGGGGAUGUCAUGGAACUGCACUGUGAGACCCUCACAGGUUCACCUCCAAUCUUGUACCAAUUUUAUCACGAGAAUGUCACCCUUGGGAGCAGCUCAGCCCUCUAUGGAGGAGAAGCAUCGCUCAACCUCUCCCUGACCUCAGAACAUUCUGGAAACUACUCCUGUGAGGCCAGAAAUACACUGGGAGCCCAGCACAGUAAUACAGUGACACUCAGCGUUACAGUUCCAGUGUCUCGCCCUGUCCUCACCUUGCGAGUCUUUGGGGCCCAGGCUGUGGUGGGGGACAUAGUGCAGCUAUACUGUGAGGCCCUCAUAGGCUCGCCCCCAAUCCUGUACCGAUUUUAUCACGAGAAUGUCAUCCUGGGGAACCACUCAGCACCCUCUGGAGGAGGAACAUCAUUCAACUUCUCCCUGACCUCAGAACAUUCUGGAAACUACUCCUGUGAGGCCGACAAUCACGUGGAAACCAAAUGCAGUGAGGUGGUGACACUCUUCGUCUCAGGGCUGACUGAGAACAGAAGCGGUCCAGUUGCCACAGCAGUCACCGGGGCACUGUUCAUGGCAGGUCUUGCUGCAGGUGCAGUGCUACUCUACUGCUGGCUCUCAAGAAAAGCAGGUGGAAAGCCUUCCUCUAACUCCUCCAGGAGCCCGUCAGAUUCAGACCCCCAAGAGCCCACUUACCACAAUGUACCAGCCUGGAUAGAGCUGCAACCAGUGUACAGCAAUGAGGAAGAGAUGUGGUUUACUCAGAAGUAA